AGACAGGGCCAGGAACAGCAAGCAGUCUGAAGGCCAGCUGGGUCUGCCCACCAGGAGGAUGAAGCCUUUUCAUACUGCCCUCUCCUUCCUCUUUCUUACAGCUGCUCUUGGAAUCCAGGCCCAGAUCAUGAGGGCAACAGAGCCAAAAGAAGACCUGAAGGCAGAGCAAGGACCUGAACUUCAAAUGUUUCACUUGGGCUUCCAAGACUCUUCAGACUGCUGUUUCUCCUAUGCCUCACGGAUCCAGUGUUCAAGAUUUAUAUAUUACUUUCCCACCAGUAGUGGGUGCAUCAAUCCGGGCAUCAUCUUUGUCAGCCAGAGGGGGAACCAGGUCUGUGCCAACCCCAGUGAUCGGAGAGUUCAAAGGUGCAUUCAAAGAUUGGAGCAAAACUCACAACCGCAGACCUACAAACAAUAACAUUUGCUUUAAGAGAAUGGUGUGAACUGCCAGCUACCUUCUUUGGUCUUCCCCAAAGACCACCUAAGAGGCUCUAUUUUUAUAGGUAUAUAAACAUUUAUUUUUCUGUCCCACUUUAAAGUGGCACAUCUGGCUUUGUCACAGAGGGGAAACUUGUCUGUGCCAACCCCAGUGAUCUGAAAACUCAGAGGUGCCUGAAAGGCCUGAAGCUGAUCUCAGUUACUACACAUAAUAUUUGAUUGAGAUAAAUGGGCAAGGGCUAGAGAGAUGGCUCAGUGGUUAAGAGCACCUGCUGCUCUUCCAGAGGACCUGAGUUCAAUUCCCACUUGGAUGGCAGCUCAAACCAUCUGUAAUUUCAAUUCCAGGGAGAACUGAUGCCCUGUUCUGCCCUUUAAUUAGUAGUAUUUACAGUAUUUUUUAUAAAUUCAGCUUGACUUGACCAUCUUGAGCUGUAACCAUCCCAAGUGCCUCAGAAUUACUCAAGUCCUUCUACUUAGUUUCCCAGCAGAUUAUAAGUGGAUAAACUGUGAGAGUGGUCUGUGGGGCUUUGGAAUGUGUUUGGUUCUGAUAGUCAUUUAUGGAAAGCUGGGUACAUUCAACUAGGAUGAAAUCAAUUCUGCCUUUGCCCAUUAAUAUGCCUGUCUUUGGGAGAACCCAGCUGAUCUUCCCACCACCCCUCCAUCAGUAAGCCACUAAUAAAGUGCAUCCAUGCAGCCA